AAAAGCAGCACCAGAAUUUGCUUAGAAACCACUUGAUUGCUCUCUCUCUCUCUCUCUCUCAUAUGACUUGAAUCUUAAGUAUGAUUUUAUUUUUCUGUUAAGCCCCUUUAAAUGAUCACAACAUUUUCCCAAUGAUAUAGUUCACUCAGACAUGUUUGUUCAGCCAUGUUAGAGACAGACGUAAACUAACCAUAUAUAGCUGUCGCUAUUAAGUCUCGAUCUCCAGAAGAGUUGCUUCAAUUCGAUCGACCUCUGAAAAUGGGCCGCAAUUCCUGCUGUGUGAAGCAGAAGCUCAGGAAAGGGCUGUGGUCGCCCGAAGAGGAUGAGAAGCUCUACAAUUACAUCACCAGAUUCGGCGUCGGCUGCUGGAGCUCAGUGCCUAAAUUAGCAGGAUUGCAAAGAUGUGGAAAAAGCUGCAGAUUGAGAUGGAUUAACUACUUGAGGCCUGAUCUCAAAAGAGGCAUGUUUUCACAACAAGAGGAAGAUCUUAUCCUUAAUCUCCACCAAGCUUUAGGCAACAGAUGGGCUCAAAUAGCGGCGCAAUUGCCGGGAAGAACAGACAAUGAGAUCAAGAAUUUUUGGAACUCGAGCUUGAAGAAGAAGCUCCUGAAGCAAGGGGUUGAUCCCAACACGCACAAACCAAUGAUGAGCAUCAAAGAUGAAAGAGAAAGUAGCAGUGUAGAUUUGAGGUCAUCAUCGUCGCUGCAGAUUAAUAAUCACGGCCUCCAAACCUCAGGUUCGGAAACGUACAACCUGAGCAGCCUGCUGUGCAACAGCAAUGCUGCAGGGCCCAAAAUGAGAGAGAAUUUCUCCAACAAACAAGUCUAUGAUCCUCUCUUCUUGUCUGAAUUCCAAGCGAAUGUGGAUCCCGAUGGAUUCCAAUCCAACUUUCUCUCUCAUUCCAACCAUAAUAAUCCCAUCAAUAUUAACCCCAUUUGCGGAUUCAACUCAAUGCCCGAUUUAACCAACUUCGAUAUUCAUCACCACAAUUUGGCCAAAUUAGGGAUUAACGAAGCGAAAGAGAGCCCCAUUUUGAACUUCCACCACUCAAUCAUGAUGCAUACUGCAACUGCAGAACACGACAACAACAACAACAGCAACAACAACAACAACGCGUUUUCAUGGGACGACGAGGGGAAGCUAGAUUCAGUUUUCCAGUUCCAGUUCAGUGGGAUUCAGAUUGAAGAAAGGAACCAUGAUGGGAAGCUGCAGAAUAAUCCGAUUUCGGAUGAUGAUUUUGGUGCGUAUGUGUUUGAUCAUCGUAUGUAAAUUAAACUGUACAUAUAAAAAAGAAAUACAGAAAAAAGACACAGCUGUAGGAGAAGGAUAUUUGAUUGGGACAUUUAGAUAUUCCUAUGUUAUUUGGUUUGAGGAUUGGUAAAAGUGAUGUUUCAACAGUUUAUGAAAUUAAGGAAACGGUGAAUUUUGUUUU